GCAAGCGACGAUAAGCAGAGCACUCGCGAACUCCCACGAUCUACGGUUCUCUCUCAACUUUUUAAUUUCCUCUCUUAUCUGUAGUGCAAUGGCUGCUCCAUUCGCUCUCGUCAGCCGCGUCUCGCCGGCGGCGCGCCUCCCCAUCCGCGCCGCCUGGAGGAACGCGAGGCCGACGGUCGGGCUCCCGUCCUCGGGGAGGGUCCGCCAGCUCGCCGUGGCCUCCGCGGCGCAGGAGAACAGGGACAACACCGCCGUCGACGUCCACGUCAACCAGGACGGCGGUAACCAGCAGGGGAACGCCGUGCAGCGCCGGCCGCGCCGCUCGGCGUUCGACAUCUCCCCGUUCGGCCUCGUCGACCCGUUCUCGCCGAUGCGGACGAUGAGGCAGAUGCUGGACACGAUGGACCGGAUGUUCGACGACGUCGCGGUUGGGUUCCCCGCGGCGCCGCGGCGGUCUCCGGUGACGGGGGAGGUGCGCAUGCCGUGGGACGUCAUGGAGGACGACAAGGAGGUGAAGAUGCGGUUCGACAUGCCGGGGCUGUCGCGUGAGGAGGUGAAGGUGAUGGUGGAGGACGACGCGCUCGUCAUCCGCGGGGAGCACAAGAAGGAGGAGGGCGAGGGCGCGGAAGGCGCAGGCGACGGGUGGUGGAAGGAGCGCAGCGUGAGCUCAUACGACAUGCGGCUACCGCUCCCCGACGGGUGCGACAAGAGCAAGGUGCGCGCCGAGCUCAAGAACGGCGUGCUGCUCGUGACUGUGCCCAAAACGGAGGUCGAGCGCAAGGUCAUCGACGUGCAGGUGCAAUAGACAAAUCACUACUAGUCUACUUGUACUACGUACUUGGAACAAUCACCGUGUGAGCGAGAGGGUUCAAUCUAUGCGAGGUUUAAGUUGUACUAAAUUGUAGUUUGGUGUGGUGUUUGCGCGCGCGCAGAACACAUAUGUAAAUACUCAUCGAGCAAGCGAAUUAAUGGAAUAAUGUGAUAAGGUUUGGUCGCUUGAUCAACG